AUGAGCGAUUCGUUCAUCCCUGACCCCAACUUCCAGGGCGAGUCUGCCUUGGGGAACGUCAGUGUGCAGGACUGGCGGAAGCCUUUCAAGUGGGUUCGGGCCAAGGAGCUACACAAGGAUGCCAAGCUCUUCUCCGUCAUCCAGGCGGACAACAUUGUGCAGGGUGAGCUUGGUGAUUGCUGGCUCCUAGCGGCGAUGGCUGUCUUUGCAGACUUCCCUGGCCACAUCAUGAACCUGUUUGACGACGUCAGUCUUAACGACCGCGGUCGACAUGUCGUGAAGUUAUGGGACAUCAAAGGUAGAGGCGAGUGGCAGGACGUGGAGAUCGACGACCUGAUCCCCUGUGACAAGUAUGGCAAACCCUUGUUCGCUCAGCUGCAGGGCGAAAGUGGCAGCACAUGGGCACUGCUUCUGGAGAAGGCUUUUGCCAAGUUUACGGGAAGCUAUGAGAAGCUUGUGGGAGGCAGUACUGGCUGGGCUUGGCAGGUGCUUACAGGUCAACCGUGGAUGGCCCGCUGGACACGUGAUAAAGACCAGAAGUGGACACGCUGGGAGAUGUGCGACAUCCAGAAAUGUUUCGGCAAAGAAGAAGAGAACCUGAAAGCUGCCGCAAAGUGGCGUUCAGACGGCAUGCGUGGUGGACGUUGGAAAGGACCUGUUGAGACAUCCGAUGAUGAUCGAAUGUUCCAGGCACUGGCUUCCUACACCCAGGCCUGCUUUGCCCGGCACCUUGAAGGUUUGUCUGAGAUCCUGCAAUUCGAGAUGUGGAGGCAUGGCUGCACACUUUAUGUGCCAGAUCAGAAGAUUUUUCUUGAAGAGAACGGAAAGGUGCAGUGCUAUCGCUUCUGCGCGCAAGCUGCUAGCACGCAGGGCUUCGCCUUCAAGUGCACUAGGUGGGUGAAUUACAGCUAUCCCAAAAUGGAUGCUACUUCCAAGCGGUGUGACUCCCAGACCCCGCAGCUGAGGAAUCAUGGCGAGUGGAAUCGGGCUUGGUCGGACAAAAGCGAGGAGUGGGAGAAACAUCCCGAGAAGCCUGGCAGCAGGAUCUGUGCGGAUCUGAAGGUCGUGGAUGCAGAUGAUGGACGGUUCUGGAUGCCUUGGGAUGCAUUUGCAGAGAUCUUUGGUGGGCACAUCAUGGUUUGCCCUGUUACGCUACCGUGCCCGAUGAACUCCCAGAUCGUCACUGACAAAGAGAGCGGCGGCAGGACGCGGUGCCCGCAGUGCAGGCAGCCGUACACCAGGAGCUGGGUACUUCUGGCAAGCGAGGAGUCGAAAGCUGGCGAUGGUGAGUGGAAGCAUCUUGCGGACGGCAAGAAUCUGUGUUUCCUCUGCCUCCGCGCAACCUGCCGAGCAAGCGAACAUCUCCUGAAGGGCCUCAGAGUUGCCGGACUGCAUGAGCAACCCAAGCUCACGCUGGCUCCGCCAAAAGGCCCGCGGAGAAUGAAGGAGUGCGAGCAUGGAGCUGCGUGCUAUCGCCGCAACCCUCAGCACUUCCACGAGCGCUUCCACCCAAGCCUGCUCCCGCCCGCGCCUGCCUGUGCCAGCGGCUGCGGGCGUUCGGCGGCAUCGGGCUACAAGACCUGCUGCCCAAAAUGCACAAGCUCCCCUCCCGAUCUCAAGGUAUACAUUCCAUCAAGGCACAAGUCCCUGGCCGGGACUUACAAGGCAGUGGACAGGCCCAAGUCAUGCAAAGCGUGCGUGGCUUGUUUUUCAGGAACUAUGGAUGCACUUUGA